AUGGCAAACGCUUUGGGUGAACCACCAAACCUUGAGUCAGUCACGCUACAGACGGAGUGUAUGACACCACCAACAGAGCCCAGCACACCAGAAAACAAAGCCAAAAGUAGGAAGUUUCCCACCAACUAUCGUGAUAAUUCGUUCAGUUUAUGUGCAGCAUUACCGGAAUUGGGUGGAUAUGAUGAUAGCAGCAAAGGUGAAUCGGUCCAUGGCUUCUUGGGGCCCGAAUUUGGUUUGGAACACUGGCCAGUGGCGCCAGAAACAUUGACCUCCAAGAUGUUUGAGGAGAAAAGAUGGCAGACGAAUCCUCUUCGCGCAUAUCGUGAAGGAAUUGAAGGAGUUAUUGCUCCUUCGGAGCAUGCAACUGCACUUCCAGGGGCCACCGUACAAAUGCCCUUUACACUUGCGUGCCACUUGAUAGGAUCUUGCACUGGGAAGAAAACAACUUUCUCUGCACAUGUUGAAGAGAUAAUAAUCCUCAAAAAACCAGCCACUCUUGUCAGUAAUUGUACAGAUUCUGGAUCGCCAUCUAAGCGGCUGUUCUCUGGACCAUCCUUCUCUCCCACGAAGCGACGGAAGCUUGAGAAAUAG